AAUUCACACCCGUGCAGCUUGCAGCUGUGGGUUUUAAAUUGAGACCCCAAACACUUGGCCAAUACAACAGCCUGAGCUUUCCCUUCCCUCUCAGAACAUUUACGAAAGUUUCCCCUGCGCCACAGAGUUCUCCCUUCAAUUCUCACAACUUGGACUCGAGCAACAAUGCCUUAUAUCUAUCCUGACAACUACAUUGUUCUUUGUCAUGGCUUCCUGGGCACGGACGGAAUGAUGGGUAUCAACUACUUUAGAGGCGUAAAGGCAGACUUGGAGAGCCAAGGCUGCAAAGUAGUUGUACCGAAAGUUAGUAUGACAGGCAGUAUCGACGAGAGGGCCGGUCAGCUAAACUCGCAAAUCAACGAUUUGCUUGGCCUUCGUCCCGGUGCGAGCACUAGCAGGCCCGACGUCCAUCUCAUUGGCCAUUCUAUGGGUGGCCUCGAUGCCAGACGUCUGGUGCACAUGCCAGAUCUCAGAUACAAUGUGUUAUCCAUUACCACGAUAUCGACGCCCCAUUACGGAUCGCCCAUCGCUUCAUUGUCCGACAGCUUGGGUGUUCUCAGUAGACUUCAGUGCAAAAUCCUGCUUGGCCUUCUGUCAGGAUCUGGAAAGGCCAUGAAUGAUAUGACGCCGCAGAACAUGGCGCACUUCAACGCGAGUUACAAAGAUGUGGCGGGAAUCAAGUAUUACAGUGUUACCUCGAAGUUUGAUCCUAGGAUCAAUCACCUCUUUUUUAUCUCUAACAAACACAUCAAGAAUCAGAGCGACCCGAGGUACCCCGAGGCUUUCGGAGAGAAUGACGGAAUGGUUUCUGUCGGCUCCGCGAAAUGGGGCGAGUACCUCGGUUUAGAGGGAGAUACCAGCCAUAUCGGCGUUGUUGGUUGGGGAAUUACGGGUAUCACAGCAGGCGACUCGAACUACGACACCGAAGACAUGUAUCGCCGGCUCGUGCACAAUGUUGCCAGGAAGGUUGAAGGCAAAGCGUAAUGAGAUGGGUAUCGCUGGAUGGGUAUCGCUGGAAUGACAGCACGCAGGGCGGGUCUUUAGUUUCUUUUCUUGUUUCUGCCUCGAUCUCGUACUUCUCUCAGUCUCAUUUCUUCCCGGAGUCGGUUGGCGUUGGUGCCCUUUCUUUGUCUGUGUGUACACUAAUUGUUUAAGAUAUGUAAACCCAUUGGUCCCUUGUCACACAAGUAUUCGGCGUGUGGAGACGACGCAGUGCAUUCAGCCGCUCGGAGGUCCAGACACCGCAAAUAAAUAAUUUGACCAAUCGGCAAACCCUGAUUCAAGCUGAAACACGUAAAUUAUAGAUUACUUGAACUCCGUGCCACGAGACCCAGAUGCUG